AUGCCUCCGCCGCUCCAGCCCAUCCCGGGGUCAUACGGGUGGCCGGUGGUGGGCCCGCUGAGGGACAGGCUGGACUACUUCUGGUUCCAAGGGCCCGACGAGUUCUUCAUGAAACGAAUGAAGAAGUACCAGCCGACUGUCUUCCGCACCAACAUCCCGCCCUGCUUCCCCUUCUUUGACGGCGUGAAUCCCAACGUGGUGGCCGUGCUGGACUGCAAGGCGUUCGCCCACAUGUUCGACGUGGAGGUCGCCGACAAGAAGGACAUCCUCGUCGGCGAUUUCGUCCCCAGCGCUGCCUUCACCGGCAACGUCAGGACCUGCGCUUAUCUCGAUACUUUUGAGCCUAACCACGCUCAGGUGAAAAGGUUUGCGAUGGACAUUUUAAAGCGGAGCUCCAAGGUGUGGGUCUCGGAGCUCCUAGUCAGCCUGGACGAGAUGUGGUCCACCGUGGAAUCGAACGUGUCCGCUAAAGGCAGCACCAACUUCCUCCUCCCGCUCCAGCGGUGCCUGUUCAAGUUCCUCACCAAGUCCAUCGUCGGAGCUGACGUGUCAAAGUCGCCGGACAUAGCCAAGUCGGGACCCAUCAUCCUUGACGCAUGGCUCGCCCUCCAGCUCCUCCCUACAGUCAGCAUCAACGUCGUCCAGCCAUUGGAGGAAAUCUUCCUCCACUCCUUUCGUUACCCUUCUUUCCUCAUCCGUCGCGGAUACAACAAGCUAGCUGACUUCAUCGGGUCUAAAGGUACACGUAAACAAACAAAUCUUACACGUGUACAUUACGGACUCACUGAGGAAGAAGUGGUUCACCACUUGCUCUUCAUUCUGGGCUUCAACGCCUUCGGCGGUUUCUCCGUCUUUCUCCCGGGCCUAUUGGGCCGGUUGAUCAGCGAUCAAACUUUACAAGAACAGCUUCGGGUCGAAGCCAGGAAGAACGGCAACGUGGACCUUAGUUUUGACUCGGUCAAGCAAAUGCCACUCGUGCAGUCCUUCGUCUACGAGACCCUCCGGUUCAAACCGCCGGUCCCGACCCAGUUCGCCCGGGCCAGGAAGGACUUCCGGCUCAGCUCGUACGACGCGUCGUACGACAUCAAGAAGGGCGAGGUGUUGUGCGGGUACCAGCCGCUGGUCAUGCGGGACCCCAAGGUUUUCGACGACCCGGAUAGCUUCAAACCGGACCGGUUCGUGGGUGACAAAGGGGCCGAGUUGCUGAAGUAUCUGUACUGGUCGAAUGGGCCGCAGGUCGGGUCGACGCCCAACGAAAUGAACAAGCAGUGCCCGGGGAGGGAUUACGUGACCCUCACUGCAUCGCUGAUUGUCGCCUACUUGGUGCGACGGUACGAUUCGAUAACUGGAGAUGGACUGACCAUCAGAACCGUUCAGAAGGCUAUGACGAAGUAA